AUGGCCGGCGGUGCUGGCCCCUCGGACGGGGGCGACCGGAAGGACUUCUCGACGGCGAUUUUGGAGCGGAAGAAGGCGCCCAACAGGCUGGUGGCGGAGGAGGCGACGAACGAUGACAACUCGGUGGUCGCGCUGCACCCGAAGACCAUGGAAACGCUCAACCUGUUCCGCGGCGACACGGUGCUCCUGAAGGGCAAGAAGCGUAAGGACACCGUUUGCAUCGUAUUGUCGGACGAUACCGUCGAGGAGUCGAAGAUUAGGAUGAACAAGACGGUUCGCAGGAACCUCCGCGUGCGCCUCGGCGACAUCGUCUCCGUCCACCAGUGCCCUGACAUCCCCUACGGCAAGCGCAUCCACGUGCUCCCGAUCGACGACACCGUCGAGGGCAUCACGGGGUCGAUCUUCGACGUGUUCCUGAAGCCCUACUUCACCGAGGCGUACCGCCCCGUCCGGAAGGGGGACAUCUUCCUGGUGCGCGGCGGGAUGCGCGCCGUGGAGUUCAAGGUCAUCGAGACGGACCCCGGGGAGUGGGUCAUCGUGGAGCCCGAGACCGAGAUCUACUGCGACGGCGAGCCCAUCAAGCGCGAGGACGAGGAGAAGCUCGACGACGUCGGCUACGACGACGUCGGCGGCGUGCGCAAGCAGCUGGCGCAGAUUCGUGAGCUCGUCGAGCUGCCCCUGCGGCACCCGACGCUGUUCAAGACGAUCGGCGUCAAGCCCCCGAAGGGCAUUCUCCUGUACGGCCCGCCCGGGUCCGGCAAGACGCUCGUGGCGCGCGCGGUCGCCAACGAGACGGGCGCCUUUUUCUUCCUCAUUAACGGGCCCGAGAUCAUGUCCAAGCUGGCGGGCGAGUCCGAGAGCAACCUGCGGAAGGCGUUCGAGGAGGCGGAGAAGAACGCGCCGUCGAUCAUCUUCAUCGACGAGAUCGACUCGAUUGCGCCCAAGCGCGAGAAGACGCAGGGCGAGGUGGAGCGCCGCAUCGUGUCGCAGCUGCUCACGCUGAUGGACGGCCUCAAGACGCGCGCGCACGUCGUCGUCAUCGGCGCCACGAACCGCCCCAACUCGAUCGACCCGGCCCUGCGCCGCUUCGGCCGCUUCGACCGUGAGGUCGACAUUGGCGUGCCGGACGAGAUUGGCCGCAUGGAGGUCCUGCGCAUCCACACGAAGAACAUGAAGCUGGGCGACGACGUCGACCUCGAGCGCAUCGCGAAGGACACGCACGGCUACGUCGGCGCGGACCUCGCCGCGCUGUGCACGGAGGCCGCCAUGCAGUGCAUCCGCGAGAAGAUGGACGUCAUCGACCUCGAGGACGACGAGAUCGACGCGGAGGUGCUCGACGCGAUGGCGGUGUCGCAGGACCACUUCAUGACCGCGCUCGGCAUCUCGAACCCGUCGGCCUUGCGGGAAACGGUCGUGGAGGUGCCCAACGUCACCUGGGACGACAUCGGCGGCCUCGAGGGGACGAAGGAGGAGCUCCAGGAGACGGUGCAGUACCCCGUCGAGCACCCGGAGAAGUUCGAGAAGUUCGGGAUGUCGCCGAGCAAGGGCGUGCUGUUCUACGGCCCGCCCGGGUGCGGCAAGACGCUGCUGGCCAAGGCCAUCGCGAACGAGUGCCAGGCCAACUUCAUCUCCGUCAAGGGGCCCGAGCUGCUCACGAUGUGGUUCGGCGAGUCCGAGUCGAACGUCCGGGAGAUCUUCGACAAGGCGCGCGCGUCGGCGCCCUGCGUGCUCUUCUUCGACGAGCUCGACUCCAUCGCGUCGCAGCGCGGCGGGAGCGCGGGCGACGCCGGCGGCGCCGCGGACCGCGUGCUCAACCAGCUCCUCACCGAGAUGGACGGCGUCGGCGCCAAGAAGACGGUGUUCAUCAUCGGCGCCACCAACCGCCCCGACAUCAUCGACUCGGCGCUGAUGCGCCCGGGCCGCCUGGACCAGCUGCUGUACAUCCCGCUCCCGGACUUCGAGUCCCGGAAGCAGAUCUUCAAGGCCAACCUGCGGAAGAGCCCCGUAGCGCCGGACGUGGACUUUGACACCCUCGCCAAGUUCACCGAGGGCUUCUCCGGCGCGGACAUCACCGAGAUCUGCCAGCGCGCGUGCAAGUACGCGAUCAAGGAGUCGAUCGCGCGCGACAUCGAGAACGAGCGCGCGCGGGCCGCGAACCCGGACGGCAUGGAGCAGGACGUGCCCGACCCGGUGCCGUGCAUCACGCGCGCGCACUUCGAGGAGGCGAUGCGGCACGCGCGGCGGUCCGUCAGCGACGCGGACAUCCGGAAAUACCAGUCCUUCGCGCAGACGCUGCAGCAGAGCCGUGGGAUCGGCACGGAGUUCCGGUUCCCGGACCAGCGGCCGUCGACGGCGGCGGCGCCCGCGGCGGGCGCGUUCGACGCGACGGGCGGCGCGGAUGCCGGCGACGACCUCUACGACUGA